AUGAGCAGCAAACUCUCCCCUCCGAAAGGCAACAAAACCGUACUCGUCUUUGGCUGUCAAUGUCUCACUUUCUCAGCGGAGGACUUUCUAGCUCUCCGCGAAACAAUAUCCUCUUCACCAGAAUAUGCAUGGGCGCUUGAAGUCCUCGCCGAACUCCCCGUCUACUAUCGCACCGCAACACACCACCUCCCCAAACUCACCACAAUCCCUGGAGAUCGACAACUCCGCUCCCUACACGAAUGGUUCCGAAGAGGCGAUAUUGCGGGCGAGACGUUUCCGCCUCCGUAUAUACAGCUGGCCCCGCUGCUCAUGUUGACGCAUUUCACGCAGUUUGAGCAGUAUAUGCGACUGACGUCUCCUGGGUAUCGGGACCAUGGGAGGAUACAUGCGGAGGAGAGCGAGGUUGGGGAAAUUGUGGGGUUUUGUAUUGGGUUUUUGAGUGCGGCUGUGGCUUCAGCGGCGGACUCGAGGGAGAGGUUUGCUGAGUAUGCGAGCGUCGCGGUCCGGUUAUCCAUGCUGCUGGGUGCAAUUGGGGAUGCACAAGAGGUGGAGGAGGAGUGGACAUCGCUGGCCACGGUGUGGAAGGGGGAGGAUAUGGAGGGAGAGUUAGAGGAAGUGCUAAAGAGGUUUCCUGAAGCAUAUGUAACCGUUCGCUACGACGAUAAUCGCGCCACGAUCAUGACACCCCGGCGCAAUCUGGCCCAGCUUCAAGAGUCACUUCAAUCCGCAAGCUUCGGGUGCAGCCAAGUCGACUUCAACGGUCGAUACCACUGGUCUGGGCAUAAAGACACUGUACGCUCACUCUUGGCCAUGUGCUCUACGGAUCCAUCACUCCAACUCCCCGACGCAUCGCAGCUGGUGCUUCCCACGCGCGCCAACACAGGCGGCCAGCCCGUUGCCUCCGGGCCCUUGACGACGCUGGUCCUAGAAUCCAUCCUCUCGCAACAAUGUGACUGGCAGCGCACAUUCUCAGCCGUCUACGAGUCCCAACUCAAGAUCAGCGACUCGAUCAUUGUCGAAUUCGGUCAGGAACGCUGUGUCCCGCCGACAUUCAUGCGCAAUCUCCGCGGUCGCGUCAUCCACUUCGCAGACCUAGACCUAGACCUGACCUCUCGUCUCUCCCCUCUCAACUGCAACCCUAGAACAUACGACACCGACAUAGCCGUCAUCGGAAUGGCCUGUCGUGUCGCCGGGGCCGACGACCUACCUGAGUUCUGGAGCCUGUUAUGCUCGGGGACCUCGCAGCACGAAAUAAUGCCCGAGGCGCGAUACAAGGAUUUCGAGACGCCGUGGCGCCCGGGGGCCCAGCGACCCUGGUUCGGGAAUUUCGUGCGCGACAUCGACGCCUUCGAUCAUAAGUUCUUCAAGAAGGUGCCUCGCGAAGCCAUGUCUCAGGAUCCGCAGCAGCGAUUGCUUCUACAAGUCGCGUACCAAGCGCUCGAGCAAGCUGGAUAUUUCCACGAUACCAACCAGGACAAAAAUAUCGGGUGUUAUGUGGCGUGCUGCACGGUCGACUACGAACAUAAUGUGAACUGUCACGCUGCCACGGCGUACGCAGCGACGGGUCUCCUGCGCAGCUUCAUGGCCGGGAAACUGAGUCAUUAUUUCGGCUGGCGAGGCCCCGCGUUCUGCGUCGACAGUGCCUGCUCCGGCUCAGCGGUCGCCCUUCAUCAGGCAUGCCAGGCCGUCUUGAAAGGCGAGUGUCGGGCAGCGCUAGUCGGCGGGGCCAACGCCAUCAUGAGUCCCCUGGCGUUCGAUAACCUGGCAGGCGCCUCAUUCGUGAGUCCCACGGGUCCGUGUAAGCCGUUCGACGCAAAAGCGGACGGGUACUGUCGUGGCGAGGGCUUUGCGGCCGUGUAUAUCAAGAAGAUGUCAGAUGCGUUGGCGGACGGGGAUCCCAUUCUCGGCACGAUUGCCGCGACGGCGGUCGAGCAGAACAAUAAUUGUACGCCGAUUGUUGUCCCGGAUGCGGCUUCACUGGCUGGUUUGUUUGAGAAGGUGACGAAGACAGCGAGGGUUCUUCCGCGCGAUAUUUCCGUCGUCGAGGCCCAUGGGACCGGAACUCAGGCGGGCGAUCCGGCUGAGUAUUCGAGCGUUAGGCAGACGCUGGGCGGCCCGCAGAGGGACAGGCCGCUAGCCUUGGGCUCGGUGAAGGGCCUUGUGGGUCAUACGGAAGGCGUGUCAGGGUUGAUUGCCCUGGUUAAGGUCCUCUUGAUGAUUCAUGGAGGCAUGAUCCCGCCGCAGCCGAAUUUCGAGACGCUGAACCCGUAUAUCCAGGCGAAGGAGGACGAUCAGAUUGAGAUCGUGAAACAGCUGAAGCCAUGGAGUGCAAAGUUCAGAGCAGCCCUGAUCAAUAAUUAUGGUGCGUCGGGGUCGAAUGCGUCCAUGGUGCUCACACAGGCGCCUAGGGAUAGUUGCUCGUCUCCAAUCCAUGAAGAUGGACUACCAUUCCCAGUGAGACUUUGCGGCUAUGACGAAGGUCGGUUACGAGACUACGCCGCAAGGCUUGUUGAAUAUCUGCGUGAUCAACGGGUGCCAGGCUCUCUAGCCCUAUCCCUAGCGAAUGUAGCGUUCAACAUCUCGCGGCAGACAAAUCCAACCUUGGACAGACACGCCUUGUUCAGUUGUCGAUCUGUCGAUGAGCUAGAAACGAAGCUUCAAGGAAUCGCCGAUGGUGACGAGUCACAUUUCAUUCGAUCCAAGAAAGACCAACGCCCGGUCAUUCUCUGCUUCGGCGGACAAGUAUCCACAUCCGUCGGACUAGACCGAGCGGUCUACGACGCGAUGCCACUUCUCCGUCGGCAUCUUGAUGAAUGCGACUCUAUCCUCCAGGAGCUAGGACACGAUAGCAUAUACCCUGCAAUUUUCUCUCGCACGCCCAUCACAGACCAAGUUGAACUGCAAACACAGCUCUUCGCGCUGCAAUACUCGUGCGCCAAAUGCUGGAUAGACUCCGGAGUUGCUGUAACCGCAGUUGUCGGACAUAGCUUCGGGGAGCUGACGGCGCUAUGUGUAUCGGGUGUGUUGUCAUUGACCGAUGCUCUGGCCUUGGUCGCUCGCCGAGCAGCCCUGAUCCGAGACAACUGGGGCUCUGAUAGCGGCGCAAUGCUCGCCGUUGAGGGAGAGCAAGCGGAGAUCCUAGAUCUACUAGAUGAGUCGCAUAAGGCGGAUCCGAAUAGUGCUCCGGCCACUAUAGCCUGUUAUAACAGUCCUCGAAACUUCACCUUGGCUGGUACGAAGGACUCCAUUGACUCGGUCCAAGAAACGCUGAAGCAGCCGACAUAUGCCCAUAUGAGAACUAGGAGGUUGACAGUCACGAAUGCGUUCCAUUCUAGCCUAGUGGACCUGUUAAUUCCUGCUCUCGACCACGUCACAGAAGGUCUAAAACUGGGAGAUCCGUCCAUCCACCUUGAACGCGCGACAGAAAAUGCUUCGACUGGUGUUCCGCCCCUAAGCAUCGUAUCUGAUCAUCUUCGUCGACCGGUAUAUUUUCACCACGCGGUUCAGCGUCUAGCGGAAAGGUACCCAUGCAGUGUGUGGCUUGAGGCAGGAUCAAAUUCUACCAUCACGUCCAUGGCAAACAGGGCUCUCGCCAGCACGGAAGGACAUCGUUUCCAGCCCGUCAAUAUCACUAGUUCCACAGGGAUCCAAAAUCUCACGGAUACCACGCUGGCCCUCUGGCGAGAAGGCAUUCAUCUACGGUUCUGGGGAUAUCAUCCAAUUCAGACAAAAGAAUACACUCCGAUGCUUCUUCCUCCGUACCAGUUCGAGAAAUCUCGUCACUGGAUGGACAAUAAGAAACUCCCUGCCUCCACCACGAUGGGUGCUCCUAAAGCAUCCACUGAGGAAAACAACCUAUUCAACUUCCUGGGCUAUCAGGAUAAAGCGCAGCAGAUUGCUAAAUUCCACAUAAAUACCUCUCAUCCGGGAUAUGUCGACCCUGUAUCCGGUCACAUCGUCGCAUCCACAGCGCCUCUCGCACCCGCUUCAUUCCUCCUCGACAUUGUCAUCGAGGCACUGCACACUCUCCCCGAAGCAAAGGGCAAGAUACCCCAAGUCCACUCCGUUACCAGCGACGCACCGCUUUGCCUAGACCCAUCCCGCACUCUCUGGAUCGAGCUACACGCGACCGAUGAUGCCAAACAAACCUGGGACAUUAAAUUCAUCAGCGAAAACCCCGCUAAAGGCGCCCGAUCGCAAAUGAUGCACUGUUCAGCCCGCAUCAUUCUCUUCAAUUCAGACUCCUCCGACCUCGCAGCCCAAUUCGCCCGAUACACCCGCCUGAUUAGCCACGCGCACUGUCGCAACCUCCUUAUCGACCCUAACGUCGACGACAUCCUGCAAGGCCGGACCAUCUACCGCGCGUUCUCCGAGGUAGUCGCCUACUCGCCCCCAUAUCGCGGCGUAACCAAGCUCGUCGGCAAAGGCAAUCAUUCCGCCGGCCACGUCGUCAAGGAAUAUACUGGGGAAACCUGGGCCGAUCCUUAUCUCUGCGACUCAUUCAGCCAGAUUGGUGGCUUUUGGGUAAAUUGUAUGACGGACCGCGCGUCAGACGAUAUCUACAUUGCCAGUGGCAUGGAGAUGUGGAUGCGGUGUCCUGAGUAUGCGGACAAGAGGGCACCGAGGCCUGAGAACUGGGAUGUUCUGGCGAUGCAUCGACGCGAAGAUGGUAUGUAUAUUAGUGAUGUGUUUGUGUUUGAGUCUGAGAGUGGGAGGCUCGUGGAGAUGUUUUUGGGGUUACAGUAUUCGAAGAUCGCGAAGGUGGCGUUCACGAAGAUUCUGAGGAGUUUGGCGCCGGGGGCUUCGGCUUUGACGUCUUCUGAGGGGGCCAAGGGAGGGGAUGAAAAGGCAGCGAUCGCUGGAAAAGGAGGCGCUGCUGUGAAGAUGGACACGGAGACGAAAGCUCCCAAGAAGAAGGCUACAGUGAGUAUUGCCAGUCGGGUCAAGGCAGUAGUUGCAGAGUUCUGCGCCAUGAACCCUAGCGAGAUUCACGAUGAUGGUCAUAUGGCCGAUGCCGGCGUCGACUCGCUCAUGGCGAUGGAGCUAGCUCGCGAGAUGGAAGAGGCGUUUGGAUGUACUCUUCCAGCGACAGAUCUGAUGGAAGCCGAGACCUUCCGAGAUAUGGUCAAAUGUGUGCAAACGGCGUUAGGAGUGGAAGGCGAUGAUGCCAAUAGCAGCACGACAGAAGAGGAACACUCGGAAAAAGUGAUUGACACGCCGCCGCCGUCAGAAUCAGCGGCCACCAGUGUCUCAGAUGUUCCAGAGCUGUGCCUCUCUCAAGAUGGAGUCCUAGAAGCGUUCGGACAGGUGAAGGCGUUGACCGAUGAGUUCCUGGCCGAUAAUCAUUGCAGUGGACGUGUUCAUGCUUUCGCUCCUUUGCAGAUUCAGCUUUGCGUGACAUUGACGCUCGAGGCCUUCGAGGAACUAGGCGAUACUCUUCGCAAGGCUCAACCAGGUCAACGACUGAAGCGGAUCUCGUAUGAUCCCCAGCACCAAGAGCUCGUCGACUAUCUCUACAAGAGGCUUGAAGAAGCUCGGUUGAUCGACCUUGAUGGGUCUACUGUCAUUCGUACUGCCAUCGCAGCUCCGAUGCGCUCCAGCACUGCUAUCCUCGAAGAAGUAUCUCGCGAUUACCCUGAGUACGCCGGUGCCAGCAAGCUUUCCUUCUUCACUGGCAGCCACCUCGCCAGCGUCCUCCGCGGCGAGCAAGACGGCCUUCAACUGAUCUUCGGCACCAAGGAAGGUCAAGAGCUUGUGUCGUGGAUGUACGGUGACGAGCCCCACAACGUGUCAGGAUACAAGCAAAUGCUAGAGUUUAUCCAGCAGCUAGCCGGUUUAAUCCAUACCACACGGAGCCCUCUCAAGAUCCUCGAAAUGGGCGCCGGAACAGGUGGGGGAACAAAAUGGUUUCUCCCCGGCCUAGCCAAGCUCAACAUUCCUGUCGAAUACACCUUCACCGACAUAUCAGCCGGAUUCGUCGCGCAGGCUCGUCGCCGAUUCAAAGACUACCCGUUUGUUCAAUAUCGCGUGCACGAUAUCGAGAAGCCCCCGGCCGACGAUCUUCUUCGCACUCAACAUAUCAUCAUCGCGAGUAACGCCGUGCACGCGACGUCGAAUCUGCGGCAGUCAACGCGUCAUAUGCGCCAGGCUCUCCGCGAUGACGGCGUGCUCAUGAUGUUAGAGAUGACCAGGCCCGUGUUUGCUAUUGAUAUCGUGUUCGGUCUGUUCCGCGGAUGGUGGGUGUUUAACGAUGGACGGCACCAUGCGAUCACGAACGAGUCGCGCUGGGAGGCGGAUCUACAUGCAGUCGGGUAUGGACAUGUGGAUUGGACUGAUGGGUAUUCGCCCGAGGUCAGUGUGCAAAGAGUCAUUUUUGCAACGGCUUCGGGGGAGCAGCGCGAACGGUUACCGUUGGGGAAGAAUCUUGCUUCGCCGAUGGUGGCUGUUGAUAACCUCGCUCGCGGGAAGGCGACGGAGGGGUAUAUUCGACGUGCUGCUGAGAGGUUUGAGGCCCCCAUCAGACCUGCUUCUGCCAUCUCAGAUGAGAGUUACAGCGUCUUGGUCACCGGUGCGACAGGGAGUUUGGGAAGCCAUGUUGUGGCGCGAUUACUUCGAGAUUCUGCUGUGAAAUCGGUUGUAUGUCUGAAUCGACGGUCAAAAGGAGACGGAUUUGACCGUCAGAUGCAAUCGUUCGUGGACAGAGAGAUUGAUCUAACCCCGCAAGAACUAUCCAAGCUCGAGGUUAUCGAGUCGAACACCUCGGAGCCCAAUCUUGGACUUUCCACCGACCAGUUAUCCGACCUCACGCGCUCAGUAACCCACAUACUCCACAACGCCUGGCCGAUGAACGGAAUAUCCAGACUUUCUGCUUUCGAGCCGCAGUUUAACGCGAUGCUCAAUCUGAUCGAUCUAGCCCGCGACGCCGCCAGCUUCCGCACCAAGCCCAUACGUUUCCAACUAAUCUCUUCUAUCGGCACUGUUGGACAUCGUCCACUGCUGUCCGGUCAACCUAUCGUCUCAGAAGAACCUACCAAAAUUGAAUGGGUUCUACCAAACGGUUACGGCGAGGCCAAGUAUAUCUGCGAACGGAUCCUCCACGAGACCCUCCAUCAGCACCCAGACCGCUUCGAAGCCAUGGUGAUUCGCCCAGGACAGAUCGCCGGAUCAAGUGUCUCUGGAUACUGGAAUCCCGCCGAGCAUCUACCCGCCAUUAUCAAGUCUGCCCAGACAUUGAAACUUCUCCCUGACUUCCAAGGCGUGGUUUCAUGGACCCCUGUUGAUGCUGUGGCGGGGACUGCUGUCGAUUUACUUCUCGGGACCCAUAAGCCCCACCCUGUGUACCAUAUUGACAAUCCCGUUCGGCAGCUGUGGAAAGAGAUGGUAGCUUUGCUGGCAGAUGAACUAGGGGUGCCGAGGAGUAACAUCGUGCCUUUCCCCGAGUGGAUCCAACGCGUCAAGUCCUUUUCUGGCUCAGCUGAUGAUAACCCUGCUGUUCGGGGGGCGGACUGGCUGGAGGACAAUUUUGAACGCAUGUCUUGUGGUGGAUUACUAUUGGAUACCACUAAGGCGAGAGAGCAUUCGUCGACUCUCACGAGAGUUGGAGCUGUUAGCGACGGUGUGACGAGAGGGUAUAUACGUUGGUGGAAGGAGAGGGGCUUUUUGCAAUAG